AUGAGGGUGCCAGUAAUCAAUGCGGCGGUUCUCCUGCUGUCCUCUGCAAUACCCGUGUUGGCUCAGACAUAUUCGGACUGCAACCCUUUAAGCAAAACAUGCCCUGCAAAACCUGCAUAUGGCACGUCAGGUACCUUUGACUUCACCCAGGGUCAAUCAAAUGAUUUUGCAGAUGUUGGAGGUCCUACGUAUGGUAGCGAUGGCGCCGAGUUCACGGUGGCCAAACAGGGCGAUGCCCCGUUAAUACAGUCUGGCUGGUACAUCAUGUUUGGACAUGUCGAGUUCGUGAUCAAGGCUGCCCCAGGGACGGGUAUCGUCAGCAGUGCUGUUCUACAGUCAGACGACUUGGACGAAAUCGAUUGGGAGUGGCUUGGGGGCAAUAAUGUUUUAGUCCAGUCUAACUACUUCGGAAAGGGAAACACUGAUAGCUUCAACCGUGGCGCUACCCAUGAUAAUGUGGGAAAUCACGACAGUUUCCACACCUACACUAUCGACUGGACCAGCGAACAGAUUGUCUGGCAGAUCGACGGUAAGACCGUUCGGGUACUGACUCCGGAUACCGCGGCGACCAAUCAAUAUCCUCAAACCCCGAUGAUGGUUAAAGUUGGAGUCUGGGCUGGUGGUGAUCCAAACAACCCGCAGGGUACUAUUGACUGGGCGGGUGGAAAGACUGAUUACGACGCUGGCCCCUACACAAUGUACUUGAAAUCACUCAAGGUGACCGAUUAUUCAACCGGCACAGAGUACUCAUACGGUGAUCAGAGUGGGUCAUGGCAGUCGAUCAAGUCGACCGGUGGAAAGAUCAAUGGUAAUAUUGCCGCUGACUCCCCAGCCCAACCAGCCAGCACAUCGACUUACCCAACUAUCUCUUCGUCGCGUACGACUAUUACCUCAACAGAUACAGCCGUCACUUCCAUGCAGCGGACUAUCUCUCCGACACGAUCAUUUAGCUCUUCAACAUUGACCAUGCCACCAUCGAUUUCCACCGACUCCCCCUCUUCCACGACUGAGGCGAGCGGCUCUAAGGGUACUGGGAACUCCCCUGCCUCCACGACUACAGCCCAUAUUGCGCCUAAUGUAGGGGCUGCGAACACUAUGUUUGACGCCCCUUUGUCCAUGGUCGCUCUUUACGUGGUGGUUGGCAGUGCGCUGGUCAUGUUGUGA